AUGAUGCAGCAACAUGUCAGCCUUAAAGUACAGCAGCUGGAACAUUUCUGCCUGCAGGACUUCUUUGCUCCUGAACAGCAGGCAGGUGACAGUGAUGCUGUUUGUUCUCAUGUGAAGCUGCAGCGACCGCCAGGAGACAUGAGACCCGGCAGCCCGGUGCCGUCUGCGGGCAGGAGGAGGAGGAGCAGCGGCUCCCUGAGCCGGAGCCUGCGCUGCUCUCUGCGGGGCUCCUACCGGAACAAGAGCCCGGCGGCGGCGGAGGAGGACGAGCCGCGUGUUACCGGCUGCUGCGGUCUGCCGCCCGGACGGGCCACCAGCCGGGUGGAGAUCCUGCAGCACGUCAUCGACUACAUCCUGGACCUGCAGACCGAGCUGGACGCCUUCUGCCCGGCGGGGGACCGCGGAGAGCCGCUCCACCGGGACCGGAUCCAGCAGCGGCAAGAGCGGCCACCAAGCGGAGAGAGCUCCGGGACCUGCAGUCACACCUGCCUGGCUGCUUCUGAAUCCAGAUCCCUUCAGACCAGUUCAUAUCCAGACAAGUUUGGCUUGGGUGGUCCAGGUGGGGAACUGACUUGUGCAGGUGUGGCUCACGUGCGCACACAGGCAGACAUGCGCACACAAAUCAGAAUGGCAUUAAUUUAUCAUCAUUACUAACAUUAG